UGAGCGUCGAGGAUCGAAUCGCCGGCGCCGCUCGAUUGAAGCUCUGCCUCAACUGUCUUAGGGCGGGGCAUACCUCACACCGUUGCCGAUCGCGUCCCUGUCGUAUUUGUAAGAAGCGCCACAAUACUUUACUACAUAGGGAGGUUACUCAGGCUGUAAAUACACAAACUAUGGACUCGCCCCCGCCGUCGCGUUGCGAGUCCGGAGUCGCGUCCAAUCAUAUGGCCGUCUCCUAUUCAACUCAGGUGUUGUUGUCUACAGCGCUCAUUCAGGUAUACAAUCCCGUUAGCAACGACCACGUGACAGCACGGGCGAUGUUAGACUCCGGCAGUAUGACGUCGAUAAUAACUAAUGAAUUAAAACAUAGAUUGCAACUAACGCCGCAACACAAUUCUGAUGAUUUAAGAGGAGUAGGUAAUAUUUCAUUGUUUAAAACUCCUGAACGUUGCGCCUUGCAAAUUAGGUCUAUACAUGACAAUAGUGUCAAUUUUGAUACAUCGUGUUUAGUUUUGCCUAAUAUUUCCGGUAAUUUGCCGCAUAAAUACAUAGACGUGUCUCAUUUAAAUUUGCCGCGUAACAUCAAACUCGCAGAUCCCAAUUUUAAUCAGCCCGGUCCAAUUGAUAUAUUAAUCGGUGCUGACAUUUUUUGGAGUUUAAUCGGAUCCGAGCAGAUUACGUUAGGUCAGGGUAUGCCGGUUAUGCGCAAGUCGAAGUUAGGUUGGUUACUUGCCGGGCCAGUUAGCGCCCCUUCGAGGUCAAGCGACAAUUUAUUUAAUUCAUUUUUGCAAUGCAAUACACUGUGCAUCUUUCACAGUUUUAACGGGUCGCUGACUAAAUUUUGGCAAGACUCAUUUAACCGAUUCAUUAACUUUUUCAGGUUGGCUUAAAUCUCGUUAUAGUAAAUUAAUAAUAAUAAAAACAUUUGUGUCAAAUCGCAUUGCUAGUAUUUUAGUUGCUGAAGGCGGUGAAUGGCAUCAC